CAAAUCCAUUAGCCUCCACAACCUCCAUAACUAUUUUCUCUCUAUCAGUUUCUCUGUAUACUGCUUCUUCUCUUUUUAGAGUAGAAAAAUCGCAGGCCUAGAGUUGUACUAGUUUCGCCUUUUUGUGUUCUGAAUCACUGUAAAGUGUGUGAGGUUUCGGCUAUCGCAUCAACAACAGUCAAUAGCAACUACUUUCUUUUUUUUUUCGUUUUCGGUUUUCCCAAUUGUUAUGGUGUAUGGACCACUAGUACUGCAAAAAGUUGUUUUCUGUGAAAGCAAUUUCUGGAAGGAAAAUCAAGCAUAGUGUGUUUGUUGUACAGCACUACUGUAGUUACUAGUAAAAAACCACUGUAUCACAUAGAGAGCGUGAAAAAUUAACCAAAAAAAUGCUUGAAACGGUGAAGUACUUGCUUGGUUCCGCCGGAGCUAGCGGUUACGGUUCAAAAUCCACUGCCGAGAACGUCACCGAACAGUCUCCUGAUCUUCGGUCGGUCACCGCUAUUAUCACUGGUGCGACGUCAGGAAUUGGAGCGGAGACGGCGAGAGUUCUGGCAAAACGUGGUGUUAAGCUGAUUUUACCGGCGCGUAGUGUAAAAGCGGCAGAGGAAACAAAAACUCGAAUCCUAUCUGAAGUGCCGGAGGCGGAGAUCAUCGUUAUGGCUCUCGAUCUUAGCUCUCUGAGUUCCGUACGGAAUUUCGUCGCUGAAUUUGAAUAUCUGAAUUUUCCUCUCAAUCUUCUCAUAAACAACGCCGGAAAAUUCGCUCACCAGCAUGCCAUUUCUGAGGAUGGAAUUGAGAUGACAUUUGCUACUAAUCACUUAGGCCAUUUCCUUUUAACAAAGCUUUUACUGAAGAAGAUGAUCGAGACGGCUAAUGAAACGGGCGUUCAAGGAAGAAUAGUGAAUGUAUCCUCAAGCAUCCAUGGCUGGUUUUCCGGCGACUCGAUUCAGUACCUCCGACUGAUCACUAAAGACAAAAGUCAAUACGAUGCGACACGUGCAUAUGCUCUCUCGAAGCUGGCUAAUGUUUUGCACACCAAGGAGCUGGCUCGGGUAUUGAAAAAAACGGGGGCAAAUGUGACAGUCAAUUGUGUUCAUCCUGGAAUUGUAAGAACUAGACUCACUAGAGAACGAGAAGGCCUCGUCACUGAUCUGGUAUUCUUUUUGACCUCAAAACUCUUGAAGACUAUUCCACAGGCAGCUGCAACAACUUGCUAUGUUGCUACUCACCCAAGACUUGCAAAUGUGAGUGGAAAAUAUUUUGCAGACUGUAAUGAAGUUUGUUCUUCAAAGUUGGGUUCCAAUUCAACAGAAGCAGCACGCAUAUGGUCAGCUUCAGAGAUCAUGGUUGCAAAAAAUUCAAAUGCAAAUUUAGAUCCAUUGGAGGCCAGCUUACUCUGACGCUCAAAGCGACUCGUUCCUUGGCUGCGGAGGAUUUAAAACAGGCUAUAAACAGAAAAUAGUUAGUUCUUAUAUGGUGUAGGACUUCUGGCAUAAUGAGGAAGAUAUAAGUAAGUAGUUCAUGUAUAAAGGAAAAGUUUUUGCAGCAACAUAAACAAUAUAUAUAUAUAUAUAAUACACACAAACCUAGCUAGCUAGGAGUAUGUUCAUCUAUAUAGUAAGCUUAGAACUCCUAUUAUAAUAUGUACAUUGGUUUUAUUUGUUCGUUUAGUUUGUUAAUGUUAAAUUUUA